AAUAUCUCUUGGCUCACACUCAAACGCGAAGAGAGAAACUCCUUCCUCUUAUCACAGGCGCUCUCUCGAGAGAGAGGAGAGACUUCUUACUCUGCUGCUUCUUUCUUUCUUCUUCAUCAGUAGAGCGAGAUUUCUCUCGCCACUAUAUUGCUCUCAUCUACACCAUUCACCGGAAAGUUCCAUAAAAUGGGUUUCACAACGAAUCUUCAUAGCCUCGACCUCCGUUCAACUUUCUUCACCGGACUCCGUCCUUGUCCAUCCCCAGCUCCAUCUAAUUUCAUCAAAAUCUCUUCCAUUUCCACCCCUAGACGCGAUAUCCCCACCAUCAGAGCCCAGGUCUCCACUAUCAGCCUCGAGACCUCCGUUAAAGAGCGUCAAGACGAAAUCGAAUCGCUUUUCUCCAAGCAGACCACCCAACAGGACUCCGACCGGAAGCGAAACGGUAAGACUUCCAAAAACGGAGCUUCUGGGAUCUCUUCUGGUGUCAAGCUUGAGAACAUUAGGAAGAGCUACAAAGGCGUCACGGUGCUUAAAGAUGUGACCUGGGAAGUUAAAAAGGGCGAAAAAGUAGGGUUGGUUGGUGUGAACGGAGCUGGGAAGACGACCCAGCUCAGGAUUAUCACUGGUCAAGAAGAACCUGAUUCAGGUAACGUUAUCAAGGCCAAACCCAAUAUGAAAGUUGCUUUCUUGAGCCAGGAAUUCGAGGUUUCCAUGAGCAAGACGGUCAGGGAAGAGUUCAUGAGUGCCUUCAAGGAAGAGAUGGAGAUUACCGAUAAGCUUGAGAAAGUUCAGAAGGCCAUUGAAGGAUCUGUUGAUGAUUUGGACCUUAUGGGAAGGUUAUUAGAUGAAUUUGAUUUGUUGCAGAGACGAGCUCAGGCUGUGAAUUUAGACACCGUUGAUGCUAAGAUCAGUAAGCUGAUGCCGGAGUUAGGAUUUGCUGCAGAGGAUGCAGAUAGGCUCGUCGCUUCAUUUAGUGGUGGAUGGCAAAUGAGAAUGUCACUUGGAAAGAUUUUGCUUCAGGAUCCAGAUUUGCUGCUACUUGAUGAGCCGACAAACCAUUUGGAUCUUGAUACUAUUGAGUGGCUUGAAGGUUAUUUGCAAAAGCAAGAGGUGCCUAUGGUUAUAAUUUCACAUGACAGAGCCUUUCUUGAUCAGUUGUGUACCAAAAUUGUGGAAACUGAGAUGGGUGUGUCGAGGACAUUCGAAGGUAAUUACUCUCAGUAUGUGAUCUCAAAGGCAGAGUGGAUCGAAACUCAGAAUGCUGCUUGGGAAAAGCAGCAGAAAGAGAUUGAUUCAACAAAGGACUUAAUUGCUAGGCUUGGUGCCGGUGCCAAUUCUGGUCGUGCUUCUACUGCAGAAAAGAAACUAGAGAAGCUUCAAGAACAGGAGCUAAUAGAGAAGCCAUUUCAGCGGAAGCAGAUGAAAAUCAGGUUUCCAGAGCGUGGAACAAGUGGAAGAUCGGUAGUCAAUGUUAAAAACAUUGAUUUUGGUUUUGAGGAUAAGAUGCUAUUUAAGAAGGCUAAUUUAGCAAUAGAAAGAGGAGAGAAAAUCGCCAUUAUUGGCCCGAAUGGGUGUGGGAAAAGUACUUUAUUGAAGCUAAUUAUGGGUUUAGAGAAGCCUAUGAAAGGUGAAGUUAUUCUUGGAGAGCACAAUGUACUGCCAAACUACUUUGAACAGAAUCAGGCUGAGGUCCUUGAUUUGGAUAAAACAGUGCUUGAAACAGUUUGUGAAGCUGCAGAAGACUGGAGAAGUGAUGAUAUAAAAGGUCUUCUUGGACGCUGCAACUUCAAAGCAGACAUGCUUGACCGAAAGGUCUCUCUUUUAAGUGGUGGUGAGAAAGCACGUCUUGCUUUCUGCAAAUUCAUGGUGACGCCAUCAACUUUACUAGUUUUGGACGAACCAACCAAUCACUUAGACAUUCCUUCGAAAGAAAUGCUCGAGGAAGCGAUAAACGAGUACCAAGGUACAGUCAUCGCGGUCUCUCACGAUAGAUACUUCAUUAAACAAAUCGUUAACAGAGUCAUAGAAGUCGAAGAUGGUUGUUUAGAAGAUUAUGCAGGCGACUACAAUUAUUACCUGGAGAAGAAUCUUGAUGCCAGAGCAAAGGAGCUGGAGAGAGAAGCAGAGCUAGAAGAGAAAGCUCCAAAAGUGAAGGCAAAGUCAAAGAUGUCAAAAGCUGAGAAAGAAGCGAGGAAGAAGCAGAAGAUGCAGGCGUUCCAACAGGCAAAACAGAAGUCAAAAGCUAGCAAGAACUCCAAGAGAUGGAACUGAGAAACCUGAAAACUGAAAGGAGUCAAAUUUAUUAAAAAAAGGCUUCUUACAGCUUCACAAGAAUCUUUUAUUGUGGAAUGUAUAUAGAUACUUUUAGAAAUGCAGAGAGUAUUAAUGUUUCUAAACACUUGAGCCCCAUUGGGUAAUAUAUGAAACUUUAUUGUCUCAAAAC